CCCGGCGGCUCGCCGGCUGCCGAUUCGCCGGGACCCCACAGCUGCUGGGCCGAGGGUCCGGCGUGGCCUGAGUGCUCGCGGCGGCGGCGGCGGUGGCGGCAGCCUGGAGAACUAGGGGGCGAAGCCGAAGAGGAGCGUGGCGAUGCCCUGCACGGAGCCCCCGCGAGGCCGAGGCGCAAAGAAGGCGGGCGGGGGCGCGAAGGCGCCGGGCCGGCAAGGCGAGGGGGGCGACAGCGGGGACCCAGGCAGGAAGAAGAGCCGGCUGGACGCCAGGGCCUGGGUCUUUUCCAGCCUGCGCCUCCGGAAGACCCUGUCCAAGGGCAGAGGUGCCGGUGGCUCCCGUGAGGCUGUGCCGGACCCCCAGGCCCUGCAGGCCGGCGAGCUGGACGGCGCCCACUCCCUGGUCACCAGAAUCCCUGUCCUCAGCCUCUCGGCCCACGAGACGGGCCGGUCCGAUACCGACUGUGCCGACCCUUCCGAGGUGACGCGUCCCAGGGCCCCAGCUUCCGGCCCGGCGGUGGCCGAGUUGUCCGAGGCCGCGGCGGGGCGCAGGGCGGACACAGACCUCCACAGCUUUCACUCGGUCGCGGGGCAGGAGGACCUGCUCUCGGACAUCCAGCAGGCGACCCGCCUCCAGCAGCUGCGGCAACAGCCCCCGGCCCUAGUCGCACCCCCGCGGCCCUGCCGGGCCUGGACCGACCCCCACCGUCCCCAGCGCCCCUACCGGCCGGGGCCCCAGACCCGCCCACGGCCGCCGCUUGGUUGAAGCGGGCUCUGUAGUCAGACUGUCCUGGAUUUGAGCCCUGGAGUUUCCACUUUAUUGUGCAACUAAGGGGCAGACCCUCUACCUGGAGCUCAGGUGUGGCCCCGGCCGUGGCUCCUGCAGGCACCUGGGAAGGUGUGACGGCACUUCCGGACUUGCUGUGGACCAGGACGUGCCUGCUGUCCUUUGCACGUGCACUCGCUGGGGAAGAGCCUGAGGGACACCGGGCUGCGCUGGGAGCUCUGGAGGAUGGAGGCUGUGAGGCCGGCUGGAGACCUACCACCGUCCCGGGGCCAGACGUCAAGAAGGCCAGGCUCGAAUCUCGAGCAGUAGCUGAAGCUGCCGCCCACUGUGGAACUGCAUCUUCUUCAGGUCACCUAAAAAGCAGUCGUCAAGAAUGGAUCACCUCUGCGUGGCAUUUAUUUUAGGGAAGUAUGUUUGCAAUGCUGAGAGCGGUGCAGCCCUGAGGCAGCUCUGACCCUGAGGGAUGGAGAGAGAAGUAAGGUUGGACGGGUCUUCAAGUGUCCUUCCGUCCACUGGGGCGUCUUUGCGCCCAGGCCGUCCUCCGGAGGCCCCCCACGCCUCACUGUCCUGGCCCUGCCUCGGCCUCGUGGCUGCCCUCAGUCCUUCGCUGGCGGCAGGGACAGAGGCCAGAGGAUUCCUCCAGAGAGCAGAUGCCGGAGCCUGCGCACAUGCUCCUGUGGCGAGGUGUCUGCAGAGCACCCUCUUCGUGGGUUUUGUAAUAGAAAACAUCGUUUCACUGGAUUCUCUUGGGUGACACAGAGAAGAAAACAUGGGACCAACAGACAAGUUCCAUGUCGACAUUCACCCCACACGCAUUAUUGCUGAGUUCUGGGUCACAUCCUGGCCCAGACUCCCCUUUCUCAUCAGGAACUGUUGAAGGUACCAUCGGAACUCUUGUACCUGCUUUCCUCGCUUUCUCUCCAUUAAGGUGCCUACUGCAUAUUCCAUUCAUGAAAUUCUAGAGAUAAAAACAAAUGUGAAGUGACA